AACUGAAGCCUUUCUUGUGUAUCCACAAACGUGUAUGCAUGAGGGGAAGACGGAGGAAGCUAAGAAAUCAGCUCUAGCGUCACUAUUAGUGAUAUGAGCUGAUCAAUAAAGAGUGUGGCCGGUAGUGUGGAGAUGGAAGCUGUGGUUGGCACCGCCGCCGGUAAGAUCGCUCCUAAGCUCUUAGAUUUCUUACUAACAAAUCACAAGCUGCGGGCGGAGCUGGAGCAUGACAUCCAGUACAUCAAGAAAGAAUUUGUGAUGAUUUCUGCCGCCAUUCGAGAAGAUGAUGAGAAGAGCGGCGAUGUGCAUAGCGCCUGGAUCCAAAUGGUGCGUGACUUGGCGCACGAUAUUGAGGACUGCAUCGACCGCUUCACGCACCGCUUGACCCUCCACGGACACGCAUCGUGGAUCCGUCAGAAACUCCACAGGGUGAAGACAGUGAAGGCCCGUAACAAGUUUGCCAAGGCGAUUCGUCGUCUCAGGAAGACAUCAGAGGAAGCAUCUGUGCUGAGAGAGAGGUACAAGAGAGAGGCAUCCAAGUUGAGAGCAAACUGCAGCAGUAUCAGCAAUGGCCACGGCGAAUCCAGCAACUUGGUCUUGGAGACUGAUGAGGAGACAGGGACGGAAACCUUGCUGGGUAUGGAGGCGGCUCGGGAUGAGCUCAUGGAGCUGAUAAGUGAAAUGCCGCAAGGACAACUCAAGGUCAUCUCCCUUGUUGGAUUUGGUGGUAUUGGGAAAACUAUCCUUGCCAGGCAAGCCUACGACAACACAAUUAAUGAGAAUCACUGUGAAGCUUGGGCUUGGGUUCGCGCCGCAGACAAAGGCGCACAGCAUGUUCUUGAGGAGAUACUCCGGCAACUUGGAAGUUCGAGCAGCUCCUGCGGUAGACUCAGCAGUCUCAGGGCAAGCCUCAAAAAGUGCCUUGGCACCAAGAGGUUCUUCAUUGUGAUUGAUGACAUGCGCACAGUAUUUUGGCAUGACAUAAAAGAUGCUUUCCCUGUAGUUCCAGGGGUGAACAGCAGAGUUAUGGUGACAACGGCAAUAAAGUCCGUCGCAAAUGCCUGCAGCUCGGCUCAUGGUCAUGUCUAUGUGAUGAGAACUCUUGCCAAGAAACAUUCAAGACAGCUGUUCUUCAAAGAAGCUUCCUUGGAAGACCAACCACCACCCAGUGAUCAUACGCAACUCGGUACUUCCGAAGCACUGACCAAAUGCGAUGGUCUACCCCUUGCUCUUGUUACCACUGCCCAGUUCUUGCAAAGUAGAGGUAAUCCUGAAAGGUGGACAAAUCUAUGCAAAAACCUGGGCAAACAUCUUGAGACUGAGGAUACCUUAGCAAGAAUGAAGCGUGUGCUCAUCCAUAGCUACACCAACCUUGGUAGCCAAGAUGUCAAGACCUGCUUGCUAUAUCUGGGUAUCUACCCAAGUGGACGUCCAAUCAGUAGAGGAAGUGUGAUAAGAAAAUGGUUAGCGGAAGGGUUCAUCAAAGAAGACCAUAAACGCAGUGCCCUCAAUGUUGCUGUUGACAAUUUUGAUGAGCUGGUCAAUCGGAGUAUCAUUCAGCCUACAGAUGCCACCAGCGCAGAGGUGAAGAAAUGCCAAACUCAUGGCAUGAUGCUCGAGUUCAUCCUGCACAAGUCCAUGUGUGAGAACUUUAUUACCUUGCUAUAUGACAAGGAUCCCCUGCCCGGGAGUAAUGUCCGUUGGCUUUCGCUGCAUAAUAAAACUGCUGCAAGGUCCAAAAUUAAUCCAAAAGAUUUAUGUAUUGUCCGCUCUCUGACAAUCUUCGGUAAGGCACAUAAAUCUGUCUUGGAAUUUUCCAUGUAUAAAUUGCUGCGAGUUUUGGAUCUAGAACAGUGUGAUGAACACUUGGAUGACAAGCAUCUCAAGGAGAUAUGCAACCUGUUGCUUCUUAGGUACCUAAGCCUUGGCGCCGCUGUUACGGUUACGGUGCUUCCCAGAGAGAUCAAGAAGCUUCAACUUUUGGAGACACUGGAUGUAAGAAGAACCAAGAUAGAGAUUCUUCCCACAGAAGUCAUAAAGCUGCCAUGUUUAGUUCAUCUAUUCGGAAAGUUCAAGCUCCAACACAAUGUAGGAGACCAGAGAAUGGGUAAGCUACAGACUUGGUUGUCAGAGAACAGCAGAUUAGAGACACUGGCAGGAUUUGUUGUGGACAAGAGCCAAAAGUUUCCGCAACUCAUGGAUUAUAUGGAGCACCUGACGAAGGUCAAAAUAUGGUGUGAAUCCACCGGAGCCGAUGCUUUUGCCAGAAGCAGCUCAAGUCAUCUCUCAAAGGCCAUCAAGGGUUUCAUCGAGAGAGGCACCCAACUGAACAAAGCUCGUUCACUCUCACUGAACAUCAACGACGAACGGUCGCAAGAGUUGCUGGAUUUCUCCCUCGAAAAGGAUUACAGCUACUACCUUAGCUCGCUCAAGCUACAAGGGAUCAGCAUAUGCAGCCAACUGCCUCAUUUUGUUACCAUGUUGGGUGGUCUCACUAAGCUGUGCCUGUUAUUUCCUGGCGAUCAUAGGCUGAGCGAUAGCAUUCUUGAUGCCCUGAGCAGAGUGCGCGGCCUGGAGUACCUGAAGCUGGUCGCUAAUCAACUGGACAGGCUCGUCAUCAAACAAGGUGCACUCAGAAGCUUGCGACGCCUAUGCGUCGUGCUGAAAGUCAUUACUGAGAUGGAAAUACAAGAGGGAGCUCUACCUCGCGUCGAGUCCCUCUUGCUGCUAUGCAAGGAUCUAAAUGGCUUUAGCGGCAGCGCAAUCCAGUCCCUGCCACGGCUUAAUAAGGUCGCCCUCCAUGAAGGACUGAGUGACGAAGUAAAACACGAGUGGAAAGAAGCAGCAAAGAACCACCCCAGGCAUCCCCAGCUCUUGUUUGUCAAGACGGAACCGAUGGGAAGUGAGCCUGCUGCGGAAACAGCUAGUGAUACGACAGAGGUUGAUGACAAAAGAGAACCUACAGGACCACCUACUGAAACAACGUUUUCAGUGACAACACCGCCCGAUGCCAAUUCUACAGGAUGGUCUGUACAAGUUGUUGCAGCUGAGAUGGCUGCUGAUCACAAGCUGAUGGGAAGUGAGAUUGCUGCGAAGAUCUCUGCGGCGCCAGCUACUGCUCAUAAUACGACAUUGACGGUAAACCACAAUGCUGUUGCUGGAGACCAAGCAUAUCGUGGAACCGCGAGCUUUAUUAAUUCAGCAAAAGCAUCUUACAGUCGUUAGCAACAAGUUCCUACACACAGGGCAGAGUUGCAUUAUAUAUAAACUACCAGAAAUUUCAGAUUUGCCUCACUGCGCUAACACUUGCGCAGCUCCAUUGCUCACAUGCUUCACCUUUUCGAUCUCAAUGAGAUUGUAGAUCCUCAUCCGCUCCUUUGCCUCCUGAUACAAACUCCAGAUUUCUGAUUUAUCUUGGUCCUAGCUUGAAAUGAUCUGCACCGCAUGCAAGCAAUCAGUUUCCGAAUUGGCUGACAAUCAGUUUUCAAGUUGUAUAUGUACUCUCUCUCCUCACGCACGCAAGCAUCAUUUUUUUCUUUUUUCUGCAGUACAAGUUGCUACUUGCUAAUGGUGGCUGCUCAUAUGCUGAUGCUAGCUACAUGCAUGGGUGAGCCAACUGCUGCGGACAUGGACUCGUUUUCUGGAGAAGAUGAAGUCCUCCAAAUAAGUUACUCCUCCGUUUCAAAAAAAAAAAAAACUAAGUUACCCCAAUUUGUACUUGUGUUGCAAGAAUGGUUUAUUUUCGUGCGUAUCAAU